ACUUUGAUCUGUAAAUCAAAUUCCGACCCUACCAGCAGCUUGUGAAAUAUUUAUUAGCACAGGACUUUUAUCACAGCCUGAUUAUUGUCUAGAUUAUCCAGCAGCAUACAUACCAGUAUGUUAUUGCUGAGAAACUUGGCCAUGGUGUUUGUCUAUAAAUUAUGACUGUAAUUUUUCUGUGUCCCCAUCUCUGCCCUACUACAGGUCUUUGUUUACCCACAUGUUUUGGUUUGACAGUACCGUUCCAUCUUGACUGUCUCUUUGGCUUGCUACAGAGACAUAAUGUUGCCAAGCAAGAUUACAAAAUCGAUAUGAUUAAAUCAAAUAAUGGUAUUACAAUGAAUAAAGCUUCGGAAGAGAAAUUUAAAUUACUCAUGGAGGCCAUUUAUUUUAAAAAUCAAGUGACUGAUUUAUGGUAAUUUUCCUAUGGGAGUAGGACUCCUUGCUUAUUAAAUGUGGAACUAGAUAUAAUUUAGGGAAAAGAUAUAACAGAUGUCUACAAAAGCAUAUGUGUCAUGAAAAAGAUGGAUGGGGAUUGAUCCAAAUACUUUCCCAUAACCAGGGCCCAUCGAAUUAAAAUACUCUCAAACAAACAAAAGUAGUUGUUUUUCACAUAACAGGCUGUAAGCCUGUAGAACUCCUUAAUAAGGGAUGUUGUGGACACCAGACCCAAGGAGAGACAAGAAAAAUACUACAAGAAGGGACUCUUUUGGUGUUAUUACACCAUCACAAGCUCAAGGAAUUCCCUGGACACAGUUGGAAGAUGGAACAGUACUAUGGGAAAGGCAUCAACACAAGUUGCCUCGUGUCCCAUUACAGCCACUCUUGGAGAUGGGAUACAGGACUAGAUGACCCCUGGAUAUUUACACUGAGCUCCUCAGAGGUGGUUACUACAGGCUGGAACUCUUUCCUCAUGUGAAAACAUGAGGAAGCACCUAAAGUCAACAUCUUGACAGCAAAUAAGUGGUAAGGUCUUAGGCUAGGGAAGAUAUGAGGAGAAACACCACAGAGGCCUCCGAAAACAAAAAGCAAGCAGCUUGUUUUGAAUUAAGUAACUGGAUGGGCAAUAGAGGAUUUGAAAAGGAGAUGACAAAGUGAGGAUUAGGAAAAUGGUCUUUCAGCAACACUCUCAACAAGCAGGACAAGACUGUCAGCAGCACGGAAAAGCAUGAUGAAAUGAUUGCGAUUUUGAAAGUCUGAGCAGAAGUUUUGCAAAUCAGCUGUACUGGUCCGGGCUGUCAGCCCACCUCGCUCAGUGUGGUCCCUCUGACUGCAGCAGCAACAAGUGCUUAAGGAGUUUAAGUUCUUUGUUGUUAGUUUGGAAAGCCUGUAUUUUAGAGGCUGAUAAAAUGCAUGUGUAGCCCAAACACAGCCAUGGUGAGAGAAUCUGGCACAUCCACCCCGCAUCCUGGGUAGGAAGCUCACUUCCAGAGCUCCUCACUGCAUGUCGGUCCUCGGAGCUGCCUCUGCUGCCAUGGAGCCUAUGGAGGGUGAGGAGCUGGGAAAAUGAAGCAAGUGAUGGUGACAGCUCUCAUCCCUUCUCACCCCCAGUGCCCUUCAGGAGCGUGCGGCAAUGACAGCUUUGUCUCUGCUGGCUGGGCUCCUUCAUCAGGGCUGUCGCCAUCAGGACAUCCCUCUCGCCUGGCUCAUUACAUCCCUGCCCGCAUGGAAGGACCCCUGCAAAGAAGCAUUAUUUUAAGUUUACAUCCAAUAUUUAAACUUGAAUAAUUAAUCUUGAACAGCAAGCAAGGAUCAUCGUAUUGUUCGCAGUGAGUGGGGAAAGGGAAAUUUCAAGGCAAAGAUGAAAAUCUCUGCCUUACUCAUGCUGUGUUGCAGAUGACAACUGCAAAUCUUUGAGAGAAAAAAAAAAAUGUCAGCGAUAUUUAUUUAAGCGUAUCUCUGGUUUUCAUCCGAGCACUGCUAAAUACAAACUCCCUGAAUAACUUGGGAACGAGGGACUGCGACCUGGAGCUUUUGUCUGGGUGCCGUAGCUGCCAGCUGUGAUGCAGCGCACACCUGCUUUGAUGCAGUGUGCCCCCACCGGGGCUUUAAACCCUUCCAGCGGGGACACCUCUCCCUGAGGUGCCCCGGCUGCGAGCCCUCGGGGGCUGCGGCUGCUCCCCCACCUCAGGAGGCGGCGCGGCCCCGGCCUCCGCCCGCCACCGACCUCCGCGGGCCCCCGACGCAUGCGCGCUGCCGCCAGCGGUGCCUCCCGCAGGGACGGGGCCGCCGCAACGUGUUGCGCGCUGCAGACCCCCGGGCGUGUGCCUGCUGCGGCUGCUGCCCCCUCCUGCUCCUCCUGCUCCUCCUCCUCCUCCUCCUCCUGCUGCUGCUGCUGCUGCUGCUGCUCCCAGCCUGGCAGGCUCCAGCUGCUCGCAUCAGAUCCUUAAAGGACCUCUGCGCUCCCGCAAUUCAUUCCGGUGCUGCUCUCUCCUCCUCCUCCUCCUCCUCCUCCUCCUCCUCCUCCUCCUCCUCCUCCCCGCUGCUGCUGCUGCCAGCCCCCGUUGAGCCGCCCCGCACGCUGCAGCCCGGCGUUUCCAUGCAUUGCCAGCCAGCCGCGGCGAUAACCAGCACCGCCCGCACGCCGCUCGCCCCCCGCCCCGAAGCGGCGGCGCGGGGACCUUUCUGCCGGCAGGAAGGGCCGGUGUAAGUUUAUUUGCGGCUUCCGCUGCUGUUGGCAAGGCAGCGCCUGUGCUCGCCAGCCCCUGCGAACCAAGGGAGCCGAAGCUGCCAGGCCACCACCCGUCCCCGUGUCCCCGUCCCCGGGGGGAGGCCCCGUCGGCGUGAGGCCGCCCGCAGCCGCCGCCACCACCGCUUAUGCAACACAUCAUCGAUAACCACCCCGACAUGGCCACCGCGCUGCUGGCGGGCGAGAAGCUGAAGGAGCUCAUCCUGCCCGGGCAGCAGGAUGACAAGGCGGGCGCGCUGGCGGCUCUGCUCCUCCAGCUGAAGCUGGAGCUGCCCUUCGACCGCGUGGUCACCAUCGGCACCGUCCUCAUCCCCAUCCUCCUCGUCACGCUCGUCUUCACCAAGAACUUUGCUGAGGAGCCAAUAUACUGUUACACACCACACAACUUCACCCGCGAUCAAGCCUUGUAUGCCAGAGGAUAUUGUUGGACAGAAUUAAAAGAUGCCUUGCCAGGAGUUGAUGCCAGCCACUGGCCCUCCUUGUUUGAGCAUAAGUUCCUGCCUUAUGCACUGCUGGCUUUUGCUGGUAUAAUGUACAUUCCAGCUCUGGGCUGGGAAUUUCUGGCCUCCACCCGACUGACUUCAGAGCUUAAUUUUUUGCUCCAGGAGAUUGAUAAUUGCUACCACCGUGCAGCUGAAGGACGGGCACCAAAAAUAGAGAAGCAGAUCCAGUCCAAAGGCCCAGGGAUCACAGAGAGAGAGAAAAGAGAAAUCAUUGAGAACGCAGAGAAGGAAAAAAGCCCCGAACAGAACUUGUUUGAGAAAUACCUGGAAAGAAGAGGACGCAGUAACUUCUUAGCUAAGCUUUAUCUCGCGAGACAUCUGUUCAUCAUCUUUUUAAGCAUUAUACCGAUUACAUACUUAUCCACCUACUAUGCUACACAGAAGCAAAAUGAAUUAUGUGCGCUAGGAGAGCCUCCAGACAAAACAAGCAGCUCCAAAUUGCACAUCAGAGUGAACUGUAAGCUGCCAUCUGUCCAGCUCCAGCGGAUUAUUGCGGGUGUAGAUAUCGUUCUCCUCUGCUUUAUGAACUUGAUCAUCCUUAUCAACUUAAUUCACCUCUUCAUAUUUCGUAAGUCCAACUUCAUAUUUGAUAAACUGAACAAAGUUGGAAUAAAGACCAAGAAACAGUGGCAGAAGUCCCAGUUUUGUGACAUCAAUAUUUUGGCCAUGUUUUGUAAUGAAAAUCGGGACCACAUAAAAUCUUUGAACCGUCUGGAUUUUAUUACAAAUGAAAGUGAUCUGAUGUAUGACAAUGUGGUACGCCAGCUGCUUGCGGCCUUGGCCCAGUCUAAUCAUGACGCCACUCCGACCAUGCGUGAUUCAGGGAUCCAAACGAUAGACCCAAGUGUCGACCCAGCGGACAUUGAUGGUAACGAGCAGCUCAUCAUUAAGAGACCAAGGAAGAAGAUGAAAUGGAUCCCAACUACCAAUCCACUUCCUCAGCCAUUCAAGGAACAGUUAGCCAUUAUGAAGGUUGAAAACCAUAAACCUGAAAAGCCUAAGCCUGUGCGGAGAAAAACUGCGACAGAUAGCCUUAUCGCUCCUUUGCUAGAGUCCACUGCAAAAACCUCACAGCAAUCAUCAGCUCAUAAAACUGAGUCAAACGCCAUCCCAAGCACAGGCAGUGAAAAAAAGCACACACGACACUUUCCUUGGAUGUACAUCCAUAUACUUAGUAGUAAAAACCCCAAGCCAGAGAUUCCAGCCAUCCCCUCGAUGCCUACAUCAAAAAGCCAAGAAGGUGGAUUCCUAAACCAGGAAGAGAACGUCAUAGUACAUGUUACCUCCUCUCUCAAAGACGCCCCUCAUCCUGCAAAGAUGCUGUAUUCAUCAGAGACAUGCAGAACUGGGCCCGCUGCUGGGGCUUUUGUCACAUGCAACCACAACCACAUAGCCACCACUGCUGCGACGACAACAAUGACUUUGAACCCAGUCAAAGCAGAACCGGGCCCCGCACUGAACUGCAACCCCACGCACCCGCUGCUGCACAUCAACACGCUCUAUGAAGAUCACGAGGAGGAAGUCCCAAACAUAAUCGACAACGGGAUUCACUCACCGGCUGACACGGGGGAAAUCCUCUCCAUCCCCACCCCCAAGCAGAUAAGGCUGGCAACGUUUGACGAGCCAAUGGCAAUCGUGAGCUCGGUGGAGUACUGAAGGCCCCAGCUGCAUGCCUGCUCCCUCGGGGCUGGGUCUGAGGCUGCUGCAGAGAGAAAUGUGGUCCCCUCCACAACGUGCUGCACUGCAUGAGCAUGGAGAGUCCUCAUACAGACUGCGAUAACAGCUCUUGGUAAUAGUACCAAAGGGUUUUUCAGGAUCACAUCAUGAGCACUGUCAGUCAUUUACCAAGUAGAGUAAGUAAAAUCUGGUGGAAAUAGACCUUUAACGCCAAGACAACCAUUAGCUCUAGCUCUGAACGAUAGCUUCCAGAUUCAAUUGGUUUUAGCACAAUUUAUGAACACUAAGAGUCUGAUGGCAUGCCACAGUAAUUUUAGCAAGUGUUUAAAUUUUUGCAUUCAGAAUCACUGAUUGAAGUUAAAACGACAUGGUGGUGAGGUAUACUUUUUUAAUGGCAGCAGUUCAAUAAGAGUUUUUUUCUAAGCAGAGAGGUGGGUGUUUUUUUUUUCACAAUUCAGGAUUAUGAAAAAGUUAUAUGCAAACAAAUUUUUGUUUGUUUUUCUUUAGCUCACUAAUGUUGGGCUCGAUGGAGACUUAGCUGAAAGGGCCUUACUACCACCAGCAUUUAAGUGCAAAAAGAAUUGAUACAUUCAAUCUCUUGCAUUUAUAAAUGAAAAUACCUGAGGUAUGCCCUGCCCUUCAACAAGCUUAUAUGUUUGAUGGAAGAUGAUGAAAUGAAGAGUUUAUUUUUUUAAAUAUAUUUUACCAUGGGAAAAAUUACUUUAAUAACUUUUCAAACCAGGUGUUGCUUUUAACAAAAUGUGUAGAAGAGAGUCAUUGUAGCCGCUUAUUUUUUCAUAGUGUAUUUAUGAACCAGGUUAGAAACUUUCAUGGGUGCUUCACUGAUGAAAAAUCUUACAGAGGUUGUUACAAAACAUCUUGCAAAAAAGAAACCAGCAAAACUGUUUUCAAAUAACACACAGUUAAAGAAAGUCCAUGAAUUUAGGUCUGCAGACUUCGCUAGUCCCUGAUUCAGCAAACACUGGGCCAUGGAUGUCAAUGAAACGACUCAUAUGUCUAAAGCUAAGCACAUACUGAAGUGGCUUUGCUGGAUCUGGACUCAAGUGCAAGCAGACAAUAAUCCUGUCAUAUGUGCUAACAUUCUGAUUCAAUAUUUGCCUUCCUUGGCUCAAAGCACAUCUUCAUCCCCAUCUUCCUAUAACUUUGAUAUGUGUGAUUUAAUAGAAAAUUCUAGUAUAACUAAAACAUCUAUUAAAAGUGUAUCAUGCAAUAACCAUUCUCAGCAAAAUUAUAGUGAAACAAAAAGUGACUGUGUUAAAAUAAUAUUACUAGCUGCAUUCAGAAUUAUGGACUAUAUGUGUUUGCAUCAAAAUUAUGUACAAUGGUAGAAGAACUACGCAGCACAAAUACAGGAUUGAAAUCUUGAAUUUAUUUUUAAUUUAUUACCUCAGACAUGGAUAUAUGAUACCAGUAUUUAAUAAAAAUAGCACUGAAAAUAAAUACAUAUUAUUCUGAA